AAAAAUGGAAGAACAACCUAAAUCAAUUGCAGGACCACAUUCCUGUGUACAAUCUUUAGUCUUAAUCACCUAAUUCAAUUGCAGGACCAUUUCAGACUCCUGUGCAGGUAAACAUAAUGAAGGCAACAACUAUAAAGAGGUGGGAAAAAAUACAGAUGAGAGAGAUGCGGAGAAAGAGAGGCACUUGGUUGUUAUUUGAGAGGCAAUCCAUCAGCAACGUGCAGCUGCACUUGUCAACACCCUCCCUCAAAGCUCCAAACCAAACCAAGCCUUCUCCUUUUUCUUGCAUAAACUCCAACUCCACCGUUAUCCCAUAUCACGUCAACAUCUUAAACUCACCAGAUUGAUUGCCUGUAAACAUGCCAGAAUCGAGCAUCGAAUCCUUCUCUCAGCUUCCGUUCAUCCGACCACAACACGCCAACAAUUUCAUGGCCAUCGAAUCAUUUUCUAAGCUUCCACUCCUUCGAAUGCACCGACAGACCAAUAACUUCAUGGACGUCGAAUCCUUCUCUCAAAUUCCAUUCAUUCGUCAGGCACAACGGACAGACAACUUCAUGGCCGUUGAAUCCUCCUCUCAGCUUCCAUUCAAUCGUCUGCCAAGACAAACCAACAACUUCAUGGUCGUUGAAUCAUUCUCUGAGCUUCCAUUCAUUCAACCACCACAACAGAAGGACAAUUUUAUGGUUGUCGAAUCCUUCUCUCAGAUUCCGUUCUUACGACUGCCGCAACAGGCCAACAACUUCAUGGCCAUCGAGUCCUCCUCUCAACUUCCAUUCAUCAGACCGUCAAAACGGACUGAUGACUCCAUGGCCGUCAAAUCCUUCUCUCAGCGCCCGUUCAUCCAACCACUACAACAGACCGACAACUUCACGAUCGUUGAAUCCUUCUCUGGACUUCCAUUCAUCCAACCACCACAACAAAACAAUUCAUCCUCCUCCAUCAUUCGUAUUUUUGGCAUUGACGUUGAUUAUAAAAAUACCAACAGCUGCACCAACUGCAGAAGCAAUAUCAACACCAACAAAAGCUCACCAAGAGAAUCUACUAUCCCGACCAAAGUCGUCGUAGUGGACCCCAUCCACAGCUUUGAGUGCCACUACCGCCUCCGCAACUUCCCAACCUCCCAAGCCCUCGACGGUCACCAGAACGCCCACAAUAAGCGGGUCCCUCUCCAGAGGUUGGUCGCUACAAUGUCCUUGCACAGGUCUCUGAGUAGCGAGGUUGCACAUGUGACAGAAAAUGUGAGUUUGGAUCUUCACCUGUGAACCAUAGAGGAGAGACUCGAUCGACGCUUGCUUAUAGAACUAUGCCUUCGUCAUUCUUGUUAUGUUAUCUUGAGAUUUGUAUCUCAUGUUUUUUGUUAUUAUAUAAUGAGGGGAAAUGAGUUUAGACCUUUACCUGUGAACUGU